AUGUUUUGGGGAAGAGGAGAUUCAGAUACCACCACUAUUGUUCCAACAACCGAGAAUAUCUCAAAUCAAACUCUUACGGAUGGAGGGGAAUCUGAAAACAAAUUCGAAACUUUUGUAGAGCAUGAAAUAGGUGGCAUUGUUGGUUUGGUGUUCGGACUGUUGUUUUCAGCUGCUCUGAUUCUAGCUGCAUGGAUAACUUACCGACGACACAGAGCAAGAAACGAAGAAUAUCGGAGAGAUAUGGAGGUGUUCUUGAAGUCGAAGAGAAAUGCUGGGGUAUAUGUGGACACUACUGUUGACACGCCGCCUAUUGUGAGACAGAAGGAUGCUGUAUAUGACUCUUUACAACAAGACUUGUAUGAACAUGACUCAGAAGAGGAGUUCUGA